AUGGGUGGCGCCUGCCACUAUUGCUGUGAGAAGCCGCAGGCGGCGGAUCGCGCGCAGAUAGCGCACCAUCCGGUGCAUCAUUCACCUCAUCAUCCGGCACACCGUACUACGCACCACCAGGAAGCUCACCAUCACGACUUCGAGGGCCACCCAGAGGGUCAUCAUCUGCAGAAAAGAGCCACUCUACAGGUGAAGGAUGGUGGCUUUGCCUUAGGCAACUUUGCCGCCACCAGCACCGGGCAUAUCGAAGAUUUCUACGAGAUUGAAAAGCACAAGCUGGGUGAGGGUGGCUUCGGAGCCGUCCGGAAGGGCAGGGACAAGCGUACUGGGCGCUACUAUGCGAUCAAGACCAUCCGAAAAAAGGGAGUCCAAGAGCCUGAGAAGCUGAAGGAAGAGAUCGACAUCAUGCGACUUCUGGAUCACCCGAACAUCGUGCGAUUUCAGGAGAGUUUCGAGGAUCACCGCUUACUCCAGCUGGUUCUGGAACUAUGUGAAGGAGGGGAGCUUAUUGACCGAGUGACCACUGAAGGGUCGGUGACCGAGAGACAAGCAGCAGGCUGUGUGCGUGACAUGCUGCGGGCCAUCAACUAUUUGCACAUGAACAAUAUCAUGCAUCGUGACCUCAAACCGGAGAACUUCCUCCUGGCCACCAAAGAAGAGAUUGGGAAGACUUCUUUGAAGUUGAUUGACUUUGGCUUGGCCAAGCGCUUUCAUCCGGGAGAACAAGUUUGUACCAAGGCGGGCACCCCAAACUACGUGGCGCCGGAGGUGCUGUCGGGUCGAUAUGAUGAGAAAGUCGAUACCUGGAGCAUUGGGGUCAUCACAUACCUCCUCCUCUCCGGCAAGCACCCCUUCACUGGCAAGACGGUCGAGCAGGUCCUCCAAAAGGUGAAGACUGCCAACUUCGUCACAGAAGGCAAGCAUUGGAAGGGCAUUUCGGCCGACGGCAAGGGCUUCGUGCAGGUGGGGGGGCGUCGGGCGUCGGAGGUCGACGCGAAGAUGGUGCUUUGA